AUGCGGAGAACAGCUGCUGCUAACUGGGGUGUCUCCUCACAGAUGCUCAAAAUAUGGUAUGCCACAGUCGCUGAGCGCAUAGCUCUUCAUGGCGUUUCUAUAUGGGGCGUCAAUGUCACGAUUAACAUGCAACAUGCAUUGAACUCCGCGCAAAGACCAUUUCUUCUGGGCAUCUGCAGAGGAUUCCGUACCUCUCCUACAACUGCAUUAAAUGUACUGGCUAGGCUUCCGCCGCUGCACUUGAUAGUACAGAGCGAGAGUGUUGUGGUGAGGGUGAUCAGAUUAAAACAAGACGUUACUAUUUGGAGUAAGACCUAUGUAUCCUCGGACUACGAGAAUCAUAUUUCCCACUCUCCUUGCCACCCUGCAGACUUCGAUAUAGAAGCAAACUGUAAUCCUCCAAGUGCAUUACAAUCCUUAGCCGUAUAUACUGAUGGUUUCAAAGGAGAACUCGGGACUGGCAGUGCCUGGUGUGCAAUGGAGGAUGACCACAUAAUCCAUUCCUGGGCUAAGAAGCUUCAUCCCAGUAACUCGGUGUUUCAAGCAGAACUUACAGCCCUAAAGGCAGCUCUGGACUUUACUGCUAACAAUAGCAGGUAUAAAGUAAUUUACACAGACUCAAUGUUAAACUUGCAGGCCAUACAAGGCGACCGCAGUAGACAUCCCAUUGUCAGAGACAUACAAAAACUAUUAAUUUCCAUUACUGCAAGUCUGAGGCCCCAGCUACAAUGGGUUCCAGCCCAUACGGGGAUUAAAGGAAAUGAAGCAGCGGAUAUGAUUGCGAAGGGCGCAGCCAAUGAACCCCACGUGAGUAGCAUUGGUGUGCCCCUUCCGCACUCGUAUCUGUAA